AUGGGUCCUGAGGCAGUUGAUCCUAAAGGCAGUUUCACCAUGGCCAUCCAUGACAAACCUGGUUCAAAACAAAAGGCCAUGACAGACGUGACAACCGAGGCUGUGAGUGUAGACAUCGCAGGGCCUCCGAUGGAGGGAGAGGCCAAUGUGGAGCUGUGCUGCUGUCUUUCCAAAUUCUUAGAACUCAGGAAGAGUGAUGUGGUUUUGGAUAAGGGCAGUAAAUCUUGUGAAAAAGUGGUGAAGCUUUUGGCCUGCACACUUCCAGAAGAGAUAUUGGAGAAAUUGAAAAAGCAAGUUGAAAAAUAUAAAUAA